AUAUAAAGUGGGGACACAGUCACACAGAUAAGGCGCGUACUAUUGGAAUUUCGGAAAACAGUUUGAAAACGUACCAAAUUGCCCUCGCAAUUUCCCGCCAUUGGAAAUUAGGGUUCAUCUGCGCAGCGUCUCCGCACUUCAUCCACAUACAUAACCAAUCUGCAUUCAUUACUCUACAAUCGACGGAAUUGCACAUUCCUUCGAGUAAUUCUCAGAUAUGGCCGCCCAGUCCGAUCCCAACGGCUCAGAUUUUUCAGCAGCUGAGUUGGAGUUUCUGGCCGAAGACGAAACGAUCGAAAUUGUCCCAAACAUGAGGAUGGACGCUCUCGAUUUGACCUGCGGUGUUUUUGGCCCUUUCUAUCCGCAAAUAACAACUCAAGUACCUAUGUGGCUUGCCGUGGCUAUGAAGAAGAGAGGGAAGUGCACCAUUCGACCUCCAGAGUGGAUGUCAGUUGAAAAGUUGACACAAGUUCUGGAAGCAGAGCGGGAUUCUCAAAAGUCAUUUCAACCACUACCAUUCCAUUAUGUGGAAACCUCAAGGCUUCUGUUUGACCAUGCUCGGGACGACAUUCCUGACAUUUAUAUGGUGAGGUCUCUCAUAGAGGACAUAAAGGAUGUAAGGUUUCACAAAAUUGGGACCGGCUUGGAGGUUAUAUCCCAGCGAACGGCUGCAUUGAAGCUUGAACAUUUGACAGCAAUGGAAGUAAAUAUAGUGCGGCCAUUUGUUGUGAGGGCUCUUCAGACAUUUUAUAAGCUUGAUAAUCCGGAGAUUACACAAGAACCAGAUGCAAGGGCUAAUAGACGGUUCCCUGCAGCCAAUCAUGGGCCAAAACGGCCAUUGAAAAGGUAGAAGAACCAUGCUCUUAAGUGAUGGUAGACAAUUGCUCUUCAACCGUCUCCACCUUCUUGGGAGAGUUGGUUAUUGGGUGCCAGCAAUCGAGGUACAACUAAUCUUUGGAUCCUUUUCCAACAGAAUCCUACGUGUAGAACUUUGAAAAUUGCCAUAGCUUCUGAGUUGAAUCCACACAAUAUAUGUUCUUCGUUUCUUAUUUAAACGAAUUUGGAGAUUGUAAUAGUAACACGGAUGGAGUGACACUUAUUUUCAUCUAAAAUAUGAGUGUAGCUAGAUGGUCUUUGUCA